AUGCCUCUCAUCAACGAAUCGCACGACUCCCUGCCAUAUAUCGAGGCAGAGCCCUCAACUUCAGCCAGAGAAGCGGCGGAGAAGCUCAUUGCCGCAGAGCUCCCGGGCGACUUCCAGACCACCAUCCACCCGUCUAUCCCCGCUUUCCCCGACCCCCAGUUCUCCCCUCUCAUGCAGCAGGAGGUGGAUCGCAAGGCGUCCGGAUCGCCUUUGACUGGUGGAAUUGACCUAUCACGCUACGAGGCCCCCGAACCGCCCGCCAGAGCAUCGGACGGAUCCCCCGACCUCGAGGAGUGGCGCCGGACACUGCAGAAGGCCUACACGGCCAGUUCCCACCUGUCCAUGCGGCACGACAACCUGGCGCUACUGGAGGAGAACGGGAAGAACGCGUGGCUAAUUGGCAACUCGCAGCUGGAAGAGAUCCUCCGCGGCCUGGAGAAGGAACUGGCCGAGACCAAGGAGGCUGCGGAGUCGGUCAACAAGGAGAGGAAGAGGGCCCAGGAAGCCAAUCAAGCCGAGCUGGAAGGAUUGGAGGAGACAUGGAAACGCGGGGUGGGCGCGAUCCUCGAUGUGGAGUUGGCUGCAGAGGGUCUGCGCAUGCAGAUUCUGGAGCAGAGACGCCAGCUGGCGCAGCAGCACGCGCGGUAA